AUGUCUGCGUCAGCGUUCGCUUCAUGUCGCAGCCGCGGCGCGCCGCAGUAUCUAACGAGGGUGUGCGCGGAGAUGUGCCAGCGGCCGCGCUUCGUGAGCGACGCGGAGGCGGGCGAGGGCGGGCGGCUGCGCGUGGAGGCGGGCGAGCGCGGCGACCCGCCGCUGCUGGCCGCCGUGGCGGCGCUGUCGCUGACGCCGCGCCUGCUGCAGCGCGUCGCGCCCCACGACCAGGGCUUCGACGCCGCCAGCGGAUACUGCGGCCUCUUCAGGUUCCGGCUGUGGCACUUCGGCGAGUGGCGGGAGGUGCUGGUGGACGACCGGCUGCCCACGUUCCGCGGCCGGCUGGUCUUCAUGCACUCCUCCAACCCCACCGAGUUCUGGGCCGCGCUGCUCGAGAAGGCCUACGCCAAGCUGUACGGCAGCUACGAGAGCCUGCAGCAGGGCAGCGCGACGCGGGCGCUGCAGGACCUGACCGGCGGCAUCGUGCAGAGCUUCGCGCUCUGCUCGCAGGACCGCUACCUCACCUUCCAGGUGCUCAACAGCGCCGUGCCGCGCUCCAGCCUGCUCGUCGCCAGCAUCAACCCCGAGAAGGAGAGCCGGCGGCAGCUGCGGCUGCGCAACGGGCUGGUGACGCAGCACGCGUACAGCGUGACGGGGCUGGCGCGCGUGCGCGGCCCGCUCGGCGAGACGCCGCUGGUGCGCCUGCGCAACCCGUGGGGGCGCGGCGAGUGGACGGGGCCCUGGAGCGAGCGCUCCUGGGAGUGGGACGGCCUCUCCGAGCGCGACAAGGAGCUGCUGUCCGUGCGCGUGCGCAACGACGGCGAGUUCUGGAUGUCGUUCGAGGACUUCGCGCGGCACUUCACGCACCUGGACCUGGUGCAUAUCGGGCCGGACGACUGGAUGAGCGAGCCGGCGCUGCACUCGAAGCAGCCGUGGCGGGCCGUGCUGGCGCGCAGGCGUUGGCGGCCCGGAUACAACGCCGGCGGCGGGCCGCACUUCGCCGAGACGACGGCGACGAACCCGCAGUUCCACGUGCAAAUCCCGCGCACGUCGGCCAGCAAGUGCCACGUGGUGGUGUCGGUGACGCAGGCGUACGAGACGCAGCCGCCGGACGGCAAGAGGCGGCGGCCGCUCUACGCCAUCGGCUUCGCCGUCUACGAGGUGCCGCCCGCCACCGCCCGCCUCACACAGCACUUCGUCGCCGAGCACAAGCCGCUCGACGUGACGAACCACUCGGUGGCCCGUGAGGUGGUGACGUUCUUCACGCUGCCUCCGGGAGACUACAUCGUCGUCCCACAGACCAACGUGCCCAACUGCGACGGCAAGUUUCUCCUCAGGAUAUUCACCGACGAGCAGAGCAAUAUCUGGGAAGUGAAUGACGACAAUAUGGUGUUCCGGAACAUAUCAACAGAAUUCCUUGACGAUGCAGUAGUGCUGCCUGAUGGGAAGAAUAUGGUGUCAAAGCUGUUGCUUAAGUAUCCUCCUGAAGUAGAUGCUUCACAGUUACAGAAAAUUUUGAAAGCCCAUUGGAAAGCUUACUUGUCAGAAAAACCUAGUCUGGAAUUAUGUAAAAGCUUAAUCAUGUUGAGAGAUUCUAAUAUUAGUGGACGUAUUAAUCUCCUGGAUAUACCUGUGCUGAUGCACAUGCUACAAUUCUGGAGGAUAGCUUUCCAGAAGUUUGACAAGGGUCACAAUAGUAAGACUAGCAGCUAUAACCUGAGACCCCUUUUGUGGGAAGCUGGAAGCACUGCAAGUAAUAAAGUGCUUGAAUGUCUUGUGCUGAGAUUUGCCAAAAAUAGGGUACUAACAUCAGAAUGUUUUAUUAUGGCAAUGGUUCGGCUCCAUCUUGCACAUGAAAGGUAUCACAGCUUAGAUACAAAAAUGAAGGGCAACCCAAUUUCACUGGAAGAGAUGAUACUGAUGACAAUCUACUCUUGACACUGGUGACAUCAGAUGCGAUAAUCAAAACAGUAUACCAAUUAUAGCCAUUAAACCAAAGAAAAUGUAAAGUAUUGUCAAAAUUAUGUAAUAUAUUGAAUAUAUUGUUGUUGUAAAUACCAUGUAAAUUACAAUUAAAUUAUAUAAUAAUUUUAUUUUGCAAAAUAGUAUAUUUUUAUAGCUCGUCUUCAUCUGAGAAAGUAUCUGUACCUAGUCAACAAAAAACAUGUACAAAUUAUUUGUUGAGAAGAUCUAGUUACUAUUAAUGCAGUCAAACUAUUGCAGUGUGCCUAAAACCUUUAGAUACUGGAAAUACAUCUUCUUUAGAGCUACAUUAAUACAUCAGAUAAUUAUGCAAAGAGGGUCAUAAAACCCAUGUGAGUAUUGUUUCAUCUCUGUUUUGCUUUAGUUAUGUGAUCAGUUAUGAGCAAAUGAAUGAAUUGUAGCAAUGUAAUUAACUCUAAGUAAAAGAAGAAAGAACAUGUAGCUUGUAGUUGUGGUGACAAAUAUGUCCCCAUUUGAACUUUCAAAAUUUUGCACUACUAGAGACAAAAGGCAGGAAAUGCUACAUCCCAGCUGCAAAGAAAAAGGAAUGCAUAACCAGUUUAUGGAAAAAUAAAUCUGUAAUAUAAAUAAAUAACAUCACACACUAACAACUUGUAUGGGAACUUACUUUCCCUUGUGACUUUAGAGUCAGAAGUGAUGUUCUUGCUUCUUUCAAAGUGAAUUGUAUGAAAUCAUAUGCAUUUCAAAUACAUUAUGAAAUAUUUUAGUAAAGUUAUCUUUAUCAUGAAAUGAAAUCCUUAUUGGCAGUUAGAGCAAAUGUGUUAUUCCCUGGUUUUUAAUCUCUAUUUGUGAUAUCUGAAAAAAAUUCUUUUUAAAAGCUACAUGAAAUUAAUAGCCAAUGAAAAUAUUUUACAUAAGCGGAUCUCAUUAAAUUUAUUUCAAAUGAGUUCUUCUUCAGAGUUGACAGGAAAAAUGUUGACAGCAUUCGUAUCAGAAAUGCCACUGUUCUACAAAAACACACGAAGUGUAUUUGAGGUGAUCAUGGCAUUUCUUUGAUUAAUCAAAGAUUCAGUCACAGGCAACAGAGCUGCCUUUGACUAAUAUAUGAAUGAGCAUGAUAAACAGCUGAUACCGUUCAGUGAACUGGCUCAAAUGUCUUAUAAUUAUUCAUGCAAGUUUACAAAAUCCCAAAAUGAGCAGAAAACAAAUGAAAAUACAGAAUACCUCAGAGGAAUGUAGGACUGAUUCAUGCAGUGUGCAGUAUCUAAUUUUAUGAGAAGGCUUAAGUUGAAUUUAGAGAAGUACUGUUAUGUUUCUAUGUAAAGAUCAUGUUAAUGUAUUCACAGUGUUCAAAUAUUUUGAUACAUAUGAUUUUUCUCAUAUGUAAUGUUCACUAGAGUGGUCAUAUUUCAGUCACAGUGAAUUCUGUUACUACAAAGCAUUUAGUGAGAUUAUGAAAAUUGUCUCAGGCCCA